AUGCGACAAUCUGCAGUGAUUCUUCUGUCAAAGGGUAAGGAUUCCUCGAGAAUUGAGAAUUGGCGGCCCAUUAGCCUUCUCAAUGUUGAUAGGAAGAUAUUGGCAAAAAUUAUUUUCUGGCGUUUAUCGUCUGUUGCGGGCAAUUUACUUUCUCGCCAUCAGCACUGUUCGGUUCAGGGAAGAAGCACUUUUUCAGCGGUGUUAGCUGUCCGGGAGGCCCUGGAGCGGUGCAGGGCUGCAGGCUGGGGAAAGUUCCUGCUGGCAUUGGAUCAGGCCAAAGCUUUUGAUCGAGUCAAUCAUGAGUACCUAUGGCUGCUUCUUGGCAAGUAUGGCCUGGAGGGGGGCUUUAUCGAUUGGCUAAAGACCUUAUACAGAGGGGCUGAAAGCUUCAUGCUUGUGAAUGGUUGGAUUGGACGACCCUUUGAGGUUGGCUCAGGUGUGCGUCAGGGGUGUCCUUUGAGUCCUCUGCUAUAUGCGUUUGUAAUCGAUCCCUUCAUUCGGAGGUUAGAGAGCGGACCGUUGUGUGGAGUUCCUUUGGGCAUUCCUGGGGAGCCCCCUCUGAGGGUCGUGGCCUAUGCUGAUGACGUGUCUGUUUUCAUCUCCGGGACGCAGGAGGCGCAGAGGAGGUGGUCUCGGUGA